AUGCGUGACUUAAUCAACAAGCCAGAAUUCGAAAAAUCAUGGCUAACUCAAGAACAGCCUGCUAUCAUUAACACCCUUUCAACAAUUACGAGCUUACCUGUUCCAGCCUAUAAUGGAACAUUUACAAUCACUUGUACUAGAGGUUCCAGCAGUAUUGAAGGCGACUGUAAUGACUAUGUUACACAACCAACUAUUGACGAUAAUCCUAAUCCUCAAUAUGCUGGGAAGUUUUUACCAAGAAACCAAAUAAGUUUGUUUCCUAAGGGUGUUGGAAAUUAUGAUCCGUGGAGUGAAGGUUCUGUUGCUAAUACUAACAGCGAAAACGAGGAACUAUUUACCGAGUCGCUCUACUAUGCAAAUCGAUAUUAUUUAUCAGGCGGUCUUGAUUAUCAUUUAACGUAUUCUAGAAAAGUUAGGAAAACAAUAGCUAAUACGAAUUUAAAUUUUAUUGGCCUUAGUAUUGAUCUCGAAACAGAUUACAACACACAAAAUUACAUUGAAUCAAAAAUGCAAAUUUUUCCGAAAGAUGACCUCAACUCGCUUUAUAUAAAAUUGGAGAUCUCCCCACAAAACUUUGUUUCAGAAGAAUUUAAAGAGCAAAGGAGUAAUACGGUUAUAUCCAUACUAGGAACUAUUUUUGGCUAUUAUGGUAUCAUGAUGUCUCUUUAUUUAUUUGCAUUUAGAUCAGAUAAAAUUACUUCAGAAGGUUUAGUAGAGUUCAAAUGCCGGGGGUUCAAAAUCAACGAUACUCCCACCGCGACUUCAAUAGCAGCUUCCUCUUCGAGUGUAACAAUAGUUUCCGUUGCGGGUUCAUCAUCUGACACAAUAGAAAAUAAGAAUGAUUAA